CCUCUUGAACCUCGUGCUCUGUGUGUUGUUCAGCUUCGCUGAAUAUGUUUAAAUAUUUUUUUAUUAGUGGCCUUCUUGGAUUUUUUUCCAUUGAAGUUCUGUGCACCAUUGAGAAAACCAGACCCAACCGAGAAGAACUGCUGAAGCAAAUGAAUAUUUAUGAAGAGGAAAUCGCAAAACAUGACGAAGAAUUAAAAAUAUUAGAUGAAGAAAUAUCAAGACUUCCCCAGGAUUGGGAAAAACAAAAGAAAGAGUUGGAAAAACUAGAAGCGCUAGUUAUGGAUUUGGAAUCUGACAACUAUGACUUAAAACGUGAUAUUAAAAUGAGACAAGAGGAAGUUGAUAAGCUUAAAGAACAAUUAGAGGAAAAAGAAAUACAAUGCUUUUUAGUUGAACAAUCACAAAAUCAAAAAAAUAUAUCUCAAGAGAAAAUUCUAAGCCAACUUAAAAACAUUGAUUCGGAUAUAAAACAAAAGGACGAUGAGCUUAAAAAUAUAGAUUUUGAAAUAAACAAAUUAGAGGUCCUCGGAAAUAAAAGUCAACUUCUAAGUUUGUGGGAAAUAGAAAGGGAUAGCUGUUACAAAAUUCGUGACGAAAACCAAGAUUGCCAAGUAAAACUGUGGAACAAGGAAUUGAAAGAAAAAGACCCGAAUCCAGCCCAUAUCUUGAGUACAUGGCAUCUGGAAAUAAAAAACCUUCUUUCUACGAUAAGCGACAAACUAGAAUCUAAAAAUGUGACAGAAAGUGAUGAUCGUAUAAUACCGAGUUUAGAAUUAAUUAAAAAAGAGUUACGUCAGGAGGAGAUAAUUCAGCGUGGAAGUAUCUUUAUGAGAAAGGUGUCUAGGAAAAUAACACGGUAUAGGCAAAACAUUACAGUCUUCACUCAAAACAUAAACCAUAAAUUAGUGGUGAAUAAGAUCAAGAAAGAAUUCAAUACGCUAGCUACAGAAUUGGAGACUAAAGGAAUUCAACACUCAACACGAAUUCCAUUAUUGAAGUGGAACGUACAGAGAUGUAAUAAUAGCUUCAACAAAGAAAUAAACGAUUACAAAAAGGGAUUCGGACAUGAUCAGCUUUUCCCUAAUUCCCCAAAUAUUCCUGAUUGUCAUAAAAGGGCUGAGGUCUUUUUCAUAGGCCUUGAAAACAUUCACAAGAUGACAUCCACUGGGAGCUACACUCUUAACAUCAAUCUUACAGGCCGGAAUGGCACUAAAUUUGCAUCUUAUAACCGUUUUAAGAUCAGAGGAUCCGAUGAUCGCUACCAAAUUAUAUCUCUAGGAACGUAUACUGGAACGGCUGGCAAUAUUAUGAAAAAUAUGAAGGGAAAAAAAUUUUCUACCAUGUUCAAGGCCACUACGAAUGAAGAGCUCCAAUGUGCACAGCAUUUUAAAUUUGGCUGGUGGUACUCUCCAAAUUGUAUGAAAAACCCUUCAAACAAUGUUGCAGGAAAAGUUUAUUCGGAUAAUAUUCAAAAUGUCACAAUGGAAUUAGUUCAAAAUUUAAAAAAAAAAGUUGUCUAAAGUCAAGGCUAUAGAGAACUAUUUAGAAACCAUAUGCCGACCGCUGAUAAGCGACUUUUAAAUCUGAAACACCGAGUCGGAUGGAGCAAAAAUCCUUAUCAGUCUAAGAUUCUGAGUGAUGACAAAAUUUUCCAUAUCUUGGCCCGAUACUAAGUUGAGGCCGGCAAGACUCUCUGGGCCCUUUGAAAAAAGUUGACAUAUGCAAAAAUAAAGAAAACGUAUGUAUAUA